AGAAUGAAGCUGACCCUGCUGCUGAUUCUGUGCGUUUGCCUCUUGGGCUUUGUCUUUGGAAAUACCCUGGUCACCAAGCCACCAUUUCUGCGUAGCCGUUACAGCCUUCGCUGGCGGAAAACAACCCCAGCAGCCACAGAGGCAACCACUGGACACCCCAUGGACCUGGCCACCUCCACGGAGCAUCCCAAGAUGAGAACUUCAACGGCCAAUGCGGACUACGAUUACUACGGCAAUGGUGAAGCAGACAAUGUGGUGCACAAGUAA